GAUUGACAUUUCAUUUCUCUGUUUGUUCUGUUCGUGUUUAGCUCAAGUGGCAACUAAAUAAAGUGUGUUAUGACUUUAGCCCGUUUGGCAAGGAAGUACGGAGCAGUUAUAUUCUUCCCCACAUUUACAGUAACAACGAUUUUAGUCGACUGGACACAUACACGUGCCUGGAAAGAACAACAACGUCAACUUGCUAGAAAUAAAGAAUUGUUAACUGAUUAACAAACUCAGUGAACAAACGACAACAGUAUGAUUGGAUUGGACAAACGCUAUGUAUGGGCUGUGUUGCCCUUUAUUGGUUUUGCCAUUGGCCAUUUCUUAGAUAAGAAGGAAACCGAACGUAUGACACUAUUCCGUGAUAAAAGCGCACUUUAUGCUCGGCCGGGGGGUUCUGAAGGCAAAGCACCAUCUUGGUAAAGAGUAACUACCAUGGCGUUUAUAAGUAAAAAAUUGUCUACUUUAAGUACCAUUUAAAGAAAUGUGUAAUAAAAAAGCUUGUGUUUAAAUAAAAACAAAUGUUUUAAACGAAGAAAAUAAA